AUGGAACUCAAUGGCCCCUUCUACCCUCUACGGCCUCGCCGCUACAGGCCUUGUCAGGGCCCAGUUUCUCCCAAAGCCAGUCCCGCCGCCUCUGUCAACGUGCCUUGGCGGACAGACGGCCAUGUGACGGGCAUAACACCGGUAUUGGUCUUGCUGCGGUUGGCGGCCUUCUCAAAUACCAUGCCUCCACGUCGUUCUGGCGUCGCGAUCGCAAUCUCCCCGUCUCGACAGGUCAUCCUCAACGCAGGCGUGGCCAUGGCCGAUUUCGUCAUCAACAAGGCGACUGGCCACGAGUCGACUUUCCCAGGUCAACUACCUAUCUACCGCGCUCUAGCCAUCCUCCUUCUUCCCAUUAUCAAGUCGAAGCGACAGGCCCAAGGCCAGGAAGAAUCACAAUAG